UUACCUCCUCCUGACCUUCUCCUUACCUCCUCCUGACCUCCUCCUUACCUUCUCCUUACCUCCUCCUGACCUUCUCCUUACCUCCUCCUGACCUUCUCCUUACCUUCUCCUGACCUCCUCCUGACCUCCUCCUUACCUUCUCUUUACCUCCUCAUGACCUCCUCCUGACCUCCUCCUUACCUUCUCUUUACCUCCUCUUGACCUUCUCCUGACCUCCUCCUGACCUGAGGUUAUCUGUCAGAGGUGGAGGUUAUAUGUCAGAGGUGGAGGUUAUCUGUCAGAGGUGGAGGUUAUGUGUCAGAGGUGGAGGUUAUGUGUCAGAGGUGGAAGUUAUGUGUCAGAGGUGGAGGUUAUGUGUCAGAGGUGGAGGUUAUCUGUCAGAGGUGGAGGUUAUAUGUCAGAGGUGGAGGUUAUCUGUCAGAGGUGGAGGUUAUCUGUCAGAGGUGAUGUGUCAGAGGUGGAGGUUAUCUGUCAGAGGUGGAGGUUAUAUGUCAGAGGUGGAGGUUAUCUGUCAGAGGUGGAGGUUAUGUGUCAGAGGUGGAGGUUAUGUGUCAGAGGUGGAGGUUAUGUGUCAGAGGUGGAGGUUAUCUGUCAGAGGUGGAGGUUAUCUGUCAGAGGUGGAGGCUAUAUGUCAGAGGUGGAAGUUAUGUGUCAGAGGUGGAGAAUAUAUGUCAGAGGUGGAGGUUAUGUGUCAGAGGUGGAGAAUAUAUGUCAGAGGUGGAGGUUAUGUGUCAGAGGUGGAGGCUAUAUGUCAGAGGUGGAGGUUAUGUGUCAGAGGUGGAGGCUAUAUGUCAGAGGUGGAAGUUGGAAGCAACCAGCACUGACCCAAUUGAGCCUGGCGUCUUCCCUUUCCAGAUCAACACCAUAUGACAAAAAUAGUCAAAAACAGAAGGAGAUAACGUCCGCAGUAACCUACGACAUAGCGAAAGACAUGGCCCCAGUUAGUGUGGUUGAAAAGCCCGGAUUCAGAAAGCUCAUCAACACACUUGACCCAAGAUUUAAUCUGCCUAGUCACAAAUAUUUUGCAGAGAAAGCUCUACCUGAGUUGUACAUUAAAGUGAGAGAAGAGCUGGCGAACCAGCUUACAAAUGUGACCCACUUCUCCACAACUGCCGACAUAUGGAGCAGCCGAACGUGUGAGCCAUACCUCAGUUUGACGGUUCACUACAUAGACAAUUGGGAGUUGAAAAGCAAGUGCCUUCAGACGAGCUUUCUUCCCGAGGACCACACAGGCGGGAUCAUCGCACAAGGCCUGCAAGAUGCUCUGAUGUCAUGGAACUUAAAUGAAGCUCGCCAGGUGUGCAUCACCACGGAUAAUGGAGCGAACAUUGUCAAAGCUGUGAGCCUCAACCAGUGGACAUGUCUACAGUGUUUUGGCCAUCGCCUGCAUCUUGCAAUUGAGAGAAGUAUGAAGGACACCCACAUUGACCAUGCUGUUGCUGUGUGCAAGAAGGUGGUGAGCAGCUUCUCUUUCAGUUGGAAGAGGAGGAGAGACCUGGCCACCGCGCAGCAAGAGCUGAAUCUCCCUGCACACCAGCUAAUCAGUGAGUCUCCUACCAGGUGGGGAUCCCGAGAGAAGAUGAUUGAGCGGGUGCUGAAGCAGGAGCAAGUGAUUUCUCAAGUCUUAGCCGCAGACAAGAAAACCCGGCAUCUCGUUCUCACCUGGCAAGACCUGGAAGUCCUCGAGUCAGUGCACAAGGCUCUCAAACCCCUCCUGAAAUUCACUGAUGCUCUAUCAGGUCAGAGUUACGUCACAGUGUCCUAUGUCAAGCCUGUGCUCCAUCUCUUCCAGUCCAGCCUCUUGGCACAUCAGGAGGAUGACACUCCACUGACCCAGUCUAUCAAAGCCUCCAUCCUGGAUUAUUUGAGCGAGAAGUAUUCUGAUCCUUCCACUAAUGACCUGCUGGACAUGGCAGGCUUAGUGGAUCCCAGGUUCAAGACAACAUACUGCACAGAAGGAAAGGUGGAGGACAUCAAGAGCAGAGCCUUAGCCGAGAUGGAGGCAAUGCUGUCCGAGUCUGACCAGGGCACAGCAGAGUUGGCUGCUUCCCAUCCUCAAGAUGCAACAACAGCAUCACAGCCAACAGAGCCACUAAGGAAGAAAACCCUUGGAAGCUUCUUUAAAAUGGCGGCAACAUCGUCCUCCAGCACACUAUCACAGAGAGAGCGUAUUGAAAAAGAGUUGUCUGCCUACUUGCAGUCUGUUAAUGUUGACAGUGAAGCAAAUCCCCUGCAGUGGUGGAACGACCAUGAGGAAAUGUUCCCAAACCUAAAAAAUGUGGCAAAAAAGUAUCUGUGUGUGCCUGCCACCAGUUCCCCACUGGAAAGGGUGUUUAGUACCAGUGGGAAUAUAGUUACAUGCCAACGAGCAUCUCUCUAACCAGACGCCAUUGAUAGGCUUGUGUUUUUGGCACAAAACCUCUGAACAACCUGGUACUACUCACACACCAUGCACAAAAUGCAACUAUAUAUUUUUUGAACUUUUUAUUUGUGCCAUACAUUUCAUACAGAAGAAACCAAGACUAAAGCUGUGAACUUUUCCAUAAGUAACCUCACUGACCUUUUGUUGCCAUUGUUUUAUGUUCAGGCAUUAUGGCCAUAAAAGUAGGGUCCUUUUAAAUAAAUUUUCCUUUUCACCAUUUGAUUUCCUAUUAUGCAGCUACUUUUAAUUUUACAGUUUUUGAAAUAUCUUGUGUGACAUCCUGCACAAAAGUGCAUAUUUUUCUUUUAAAAUAUCCUAGUGGCAUUAUGUACAAAAAGUUCACUUAAAUUUAAUAUUGUUUUUAUAUAUCAUCUUAGUGACAUCAUGCACAAAAGUGCACUUUAUUUGUUUUAAAAUAU